AUGAGGAGCUCUGGUUCCAAAUCAAGUUCGGAAUCUUAUUUUGUGCUACACCAACAAGAUGGCGACAGGUUGGGCAUACUCCUUGACUGGGCAUGCGCAAACGACAUUGCAAUUCAUCCUGGGAUACAUCUUGAAGCCUAUUUUGAGCCCGACACCCGCCCAGGUAUUGCUGUUUUUUCUCAUGACGAUAUCCCGUCGGAUACCACCCUGAUGACCAUCCCGAGGUCCGCGCUGUUGUCGGUGCGAUCGUGUACGAUCGCGCAGCACAUUCCUCCUAUUUCGGGAUUAGAUGACGAUGAAAUGAGCGCUAAACUUUCCUUAGCCCUCGCGCUCUUUAGUGAGCUGGUGCGAGGCAGAGACUCUAGGUGGUUUGGAUAUUUGCAGGCUCUUCCAAAGACUGUGCCGCUUGCCCUCUUUUGGGGCACUAGAGAUGUCUUUCCAGACGACGAUAGUAGGGAAGCAUCAGAAUGGAUUGUCGGGACUGAGGUAGAGAAGGAGGUUCGAAGUCGAUACUACCUGGACCAGAUCGCGACGUACUACGAGACAGUUGCCUCGCCUGUUCUUUCAAAGCUGGAGAUUCCUGUCACUCCAGAAUAUUUCUUGCACGCUUAUGCCCUCGUGUCUUCGCGUGCGCUCCGAGCCGAUGCGUACCAUGGACUAUGCAUGGUUCCGAUUGCAGACGCCUUCAAUCAUGCCAGUGUCAUGAAUUCUCACGCUCGUUUCGAGGUCAUAUCCCACGUUUGUCCUACCUGCGGAUCGCAGAACGAUUGUUCUCACGGUUCGAGACGGCCCCCAGAAUCACAACUGUCUGCAUAUCUUCAAAAGAAUGAUGCAUGCGCAGUGAUUGGAGCAUUUGAGGCGAACUCUCAAGAAAUUCUGAUGUGUUAUGGCUUGGCGAAAUCUAAUGCCUCCCUCCUCGUGCAUCACGGAUUCGCACUCGAGUUUAACGAGGAUAACACCAUUUCAUGGGAUGCAUCUGAACUCAAAGACGAUCUCCUUGCCAUCCAAGCUUCAGGCCAGAAAAGAGACGCAACUAACACGAUAAUGUCCGGGAUCUCGCUUGACUCAUUUCUCCGGUUGGUGGAGGCUACAAGUGACCGACUGGAACAUUCUGGAUAUGAUUACUCAGUAUUAUAUAAAGGCAACUUUUUAUGCUCAGAUGACCAUAGGCGCAGAGGCUCAAAACUGCGCAUCGACAGCUCUGGCCGAAUGACCACGCAUAUGUGGAUGUUCGUUAACCUGUGGCUCGUCCUACCAGGCUACAUCACAUCUGGCGUUGACAUCAACGACGCGAUCAAGAAUCGGACCAAGUCUUUCAUCGACACGCUCACGAUGGCCUGCAGAAACAUCAUGGAAAUCCUGCUGCGUAUUUCGCUCGUCAAAAAACCUGACCUGGAUUCAAGUACUGCUUCGUGGGAAGUUGCGAUAAACUAUGAAACCAUGGGCAAUGACGUGGAGGCAGAACGAGAACUUACGUUCCAGAUGUUGCGAAUCGUCAACGAGGUCUUCGCCCGCCGACUAUCUCGUAUAGGCAAAUAUCCUGAUAUGAGCUCGGAUGACAUAUGGCGUAUAUGCGCCAAUCUACCGCACAACAGGCACAAGGCGCGGAUGGCUAUUGCAGAGGCAAUAUCCGAACGGGAUCUUAUAGAGCGCUGUUUGUCAACAUGGCAGGCAAUUGAGGACGUAGCGAGAAAGAUCGCUCACAUUCACGCAUGA